AGAGCAAGAUAGACGGCACUUUCCAAACGCCCAUGAAAAUUCAAAAAGGGAGGAACUGCUGCCCGGGGAAACGGAGCCCCCCGAAGUACGCGAUAAGCGCCGUUAGCGGCUGCUGAAAUGCCUCGGUGAUAACAUAUGGCACAACUAUCCGUUCGAUACGUUUGUCGAAUCGCUGGGUGUGAAGCAGCGAUAUGAUGAGUUCAUCACAGAUUGGCCUGAUCUCUUCCUCGACAUAGCCAGGGGGUCACCAGUGGUUAGGUCCAAAAAGGUCACCGGGAUCAUGAAGGCCAAAGGCGAACAUGUCGAUAUCUUCCGCAAUAGCGAAGAUGUGCUAAAGGACUUGAAAUCCGAAGCACUUUUGUUUGGUUAUCUAAAAGAUCUUAUUCUUGGAAUGAAGGCUGCGGUUGGUGUCGCAAAUUGACGUAUUCAGGUAGGCAGAAUUCCAAUCCCAGACUGGAGGCUUAUCACAAUGGACCAUCAGAGUGAUGCUAUACGAGGUACUCCACACAAGCCAGAAAUCUUGUUUUACCACAAAUACAAUACACAGGACACCGAUGCCGUUCAUGCUAUACUCGAGGCCAAGAUAGAUUUACAUCCUGAUGAAGCACCAGAGGAUACUCGUGGUCAGCUCGCAGAUUACGGCCAUGUGCUUAAUGAUAACCAGGCAACCCGCACGUUUGCACCUGUCUUUUACCUCCAUGGGCACGUCCUGAGGCUUCACGCAUAUUAUCGUGACAAACUGUACAUAAUUGAGCCUGGCCAGCUAUGCUUUAAUACGGGUAGCUGGGCGCCUGGAAUAGCUGAACUAAUUCAGGAAUGUCUCAUGCGGUUCUGGUUCCUGCUGACGCUGAAGUUUGACAUUUUCGAACAUUUAUGCAAUGUCUCAAAGAAACUUGACUCUUUCAUUUUUUCGCAGAAGGUCAAUGUGGAGAGCAAGGGCGAUUCAAAGAUCGAAGUCUUACACUCGGUUCCCAAGGAUGUCAAGGAUGGCGCUGCUCUUUUUUGUAUCAAGGAGACAAUAGCGCACCAUUCAUACAUGAUUGGGCGCCAUAUCCAUUUAUUCAGGGGGGAAUUCAAUGGACUGCAUGAUGCUGUGCUGAAGCUUUCCUGGACCCCAGUCAAUCGUUUGCCCGAGGGCGCCGCAUACGCCAUCCUCAACAAGAGACCAGUCGAAUGUAUUCCCAAGAUUUUUUCGAGUGGCCUGCUCAUCAGCAACCUCAAUGGAUACCGGCUGGAGUUUGUGCUCAUGGAGUACUGCGGCCAGUCAAUGGCCGAGUAUCUGAAAGACAAGGCCGACGAUCAGAAAGACGAACUGGUUCCUGGGUUUGUCGAGCAGCUGGCCCUGUGCCUUGCCCAGGCAAAUGAUACUGGUGUCCUGCACAGGGACAUCUCGGCAGGGAAUGUGUGCAUCAAAAACGACAAGGUGUAUGUCAUUGACUGGGGCUGUGCCAAGGUCGUUGGCUGGGGCACUGCUGAGGAUGCUGCUGAGGACACUGACCCAACUCAACUCAAACACAUUGAGGUUGCCGAGCAGUGGGGGUUCAAUGCAACAACAGUGGGACAGGUGGAGGUGGCCAAGGAUCCAUUUACAGGGACGCCGCUUUUCAUGGGAAUUCCCAUCCUCAGCAGCAGCCCCAUCCGGGGAAUCCUUGAUGACCUGGAGUGUUUUCUAUGUCAUUAUGGAUGCAGUGCGCCCAGCUGGUACUAAGAGGGA